CUGACACCAAGUCAAAUAGAAGGAGGAAGAAGGUGAAGAGGAAGAGUAAUGUUUUUAUUUGAAGUAACUGUGAAUUGAUAUCAUUGUUAGUCUGAUAUCAGUGAGCAGCAGGAUGGAGGAAACGUCUCUGCUGUGUCUUCUCUUUCUGAUCUCAUUGCUGAGCUGCACCACAAACCAAGCUCGUCUGACUCUGAGUCCCAGCAGCUCUCAGUUCUUUGAAUAUGACUUUGUGCUUCUGAUCUGUGAGGAGGACGACAGCUCUGCUGGAUGGACUCUGAGGAGAAACACAAGCAAACAACAGAGGACUCAGUGUGGAGAUGUGUGGGGAAGAGGGUCUGGUUCUUCCUGUAAUAUCACUGUUUUCCCAUUGGACAGUGGAGUUUACUGGUGUGAGUCCAGAGAGGGUCCCAUCAGUAACAUGGUUAACCUGACAGUCACUGGUGGAUCAGUGAUCCUGCAGAGUCCUGUCCUCCCUGUGAUGGAGGGAGAUGACGUCACUCUGCUCUGUAAAACAAAGACCACUCCCUCCAACCUCCCAGCUGCUUUCUAUAAAGAUGGCGUCUUCAUCGGGAAAGAGUCUACAGGUCACAUGACCAUCCAGCAUGUUUCCAGGUCUGAUGAAGGCCUCUACAAGUGUGACAUCAGCGGUCAUGGAGAGUCUCCAUCCAGCUGGAUCACUGUCACAGGUACACUCACAACCACAGCUACAGUGCGAGCCACCAUGGAAACAACGCCCCCUUCCUCAGCUCCACUGCCUGACUGCAGCUCCCUCCAGCUUGCAUUCAGAGUGGUCCUCCACCUGGUUGUGUUCUGUCCAUACUUUAUCUCCACUCUCCUCAUGGUGUCUUUAUAUAGACGUAGAACCAAAGGAAAUUCCCAUUGUGCUUCCCAUAAUGAUGAGAAUAAUGAUGUCAUCACAGAUGUCACCACAGAGCAUCACCUCUGAAUCGCCUCUAUUGUGUCUCGGUGAUUUCUGCAAACUUAAUAUCAGUAAUAAAUAAAGCUGUGCAUUUAUUGUCAUUUCUACAAA